UUGCAUCUCUAUGACAUUGAAAGCAGCACAAAGACUACCAUUUUGAACUAUUGCUCCUAUGUGCAGUGGGUCCCAGGCAGCGAUGUGGUGGUGGCUCAGAACAGAAACAGCCUCUGCAUUUGGUAUAACAUUGAUGCUCCAGAGCGAGUCACCAUGUUUCCUCUGAAGGGGGAUAUUGUAGACUUGGAACGGAAUAAUGGAAAGACUGAAGUGAUAGUAUCUGAAGGGGUGAACACUGUGUCCUACACCCUGGAUGAAGGCCUCAUAGAGUUUGGAACUGCCAUUGAUGAUGGGGAUUAUCACAGGGCUACAGCAUUUUUGGAGACACUGGAAAUGUCUGCAGAGACUGAAGCCAUGUGGAAGACUCUAAGCAGACUGGCAUUGGAAGCUAGACAGCUGCACAUUGCAAAGAGGUGCUUUGCAGCUCUGGGCAACAUGGCAAAGGCUCAAUUUCUUCAUGAAACCAGUACCAUUGCUGACCAGGCAGCUCAAGAGCAUGGUGGGGAUGGUACAGACCAUUAUCUGGUGCGAGCCCGCUUGGCCAUGCUAGACAAGAACUACAAGCUGGCAGAGAUGAUCUUCCUGGAACAAAAUGCCACAGAGGAGGCCAUGGAGAUGUACCAGGAGCUGCACAUGUGGGAUGAAUGCAUUGUGGUUGCUGAGGCCAAGGGACACCCAGUGCUGGAUAAGUUGCGACGGGAUUACUACCAGUGGCUGCGGGAUACUCAACUUUUUGGAGAGGUCCAAGAGGGACAGGGCGACUACUUGGCAGCCAUCAGCUUAUACCUGCGGGCAGGGCUGCCAGCCAAAGCAGCGCGGCUGGCCAUGAGCAGGGAUGAGCUCCUGACCAAUGGCGAUAUCAUCAAUAGGGUCUCCAUGGCACUGGUCAGAGGCGAACUGUAUGAACAGGCUGGAGACCUGCUUGAGAAGGUUGGGAACCCACGGAGGGCUCUGGAGUGCUAUUGCAAGGGCAGUGCUUUCCUGAAAGCAGUGGAGCUGGCUCGCCUGGCAUUUCCUGGGGAAGUUGUGAAGCUGGAGGAGGCCUGGGGAGACCAUCUGGUGCAGCAGAAACAGCUGGAUGCUGCUAUUAACCAUUAUAUUGAAGCCAGGUGCUCGAUUAAGGCCAUUGAAGCAGCCUUGGGAGCCCGGCAGUGGAAGAAGGCCAUCUACAUUUUGGACUUGCAGGACAAACAGACAGCAGCCAAAUAUUACCCCAAAAUUGCCCAGCACUAUGCAGCUUUACAGGAGUAUCAGGUUGCAGAGGAGCUGUACAUCAAAGGAGACCAGACCAAGGAUGCCAUUGACAUGUACACACAGGCUGGGCUCUGGGAACAGGCUCACAAGCUGGCAGUCAAGUGUAUGAGUCAGGAAGAUGUGUCUGUGCUCUAUAUAACCCAGGCCCAGGAGAUGGAGAAGCAGGGCAAGUACAAAGAAGCAGAGAGGCUGUAUAUCACUGUGAAUGAACCUGAUUUGGCCAUUGCCAUGUACAAGAACUGUAAGAUGUAUCAUGAGAUGGUUUGCCUAGUAGCCAAGUAUCACAAGAACCUACUCAGUGACACCCACCUGCACCUGGGCAAGGAGUUGGAGGCAGAGGGACAUUUACAGGAGGCUGAGUAUCACUACCUAGAAGCUAAGGACUGGAAGGCUGCAGUAAACAUGUACAGAGUGAAUGACAUGUGGGAAGAAGCUUACAGGGUGGCCAAGGCGCAUGGGGGAGCCAACUCCUAUAAGCAAGUGGCCUAUAUGUGGGCAAAGAGCCUGGGUGGAGAGGCAGCUGUGAAACUCCUCAGUAAAUUUGGACUUCUGGAGAUGGCCAUUGAUCAUGCAGUAAACAGUGGGGUCUUUGAAUUUGCUUUUGAACUCGCACGCCUAUCCAUGAAGCAGAAGAUGCCUGAAAUACACUUAAAAUAUGCCAUGUUCCUAGAAGAUGAGGGCAAAUUUGAAGAGGCUGAAGCAGAAUUUAUUAAAGCUGGUAAACCCAAGGAGGCAGUGCUGAUGUUUGUGCAUAACCAGAACUGGGAUGCUGCACAGCGUGUGGCUGAGGCUUAUGACCCAGACAGUGUGGCUGAUGUGCUUGUGGGACAGGCACGCUUUGCUUUUGAGCAGAGGGAGUUCCAGAAAGCAGAGGCAUUCCUCUUGCGAGCACAGAGACCUGAGCUGGCUGUAAAGUACUACAAGGAAGCUGGCAUGUGGAGCAAGGCCCUGAGGAUCUGCAAGGAAUACGUGCCUAGUUUGCUAGAAGAGUUACAGGAAGAGUGCAGCAGGGAGGCUGAUCUCUGGGGCAGCAUCCCAAUCUUUCUCACAGUCUGCAUUCCUCCCUACAGUGGAACAGAAGGGCUGCUGGACCAGGCACGGGAGUGGGAACAGGCUGGGGAACAUGCCAAGGCAGUGGACUGCUAUCUCAAGGUGCGGGAUCCCAGCAACAGUGCCCUGAUGGAGAAGUGCUUCCUGAAGGCUGCCGAGUUGGCCAUUAAAUUCUUGGGUCGGUCACAGAGCAUGCAGGUGACACGGACUGUGGCUCCUCAGCUGGUGGCCAUGAAGAAAUACAGUGAGGCAGCUGAACUCUACCUCAGCUUAGACCUCAUCCAAGAAGCUAUUGAUGCCUUCAUUGAAGGGGAUGAAUGGAGCAAAGCCAAGCAUGUGGCCAAGGAGUUAGACCCCAGGUCAGAGGAGUAUGUGGAUCAGCGUUACAAGGAGUAUUUGAAGAACCAAGGAAAGGUAGAUUCACUGGUGGGAAUAGAUGUCAUAGCUGCUUUGGAUCUGUAUGCAGAACAGGAGCAAUGGGAGAAGUGCCUGGAGGUUGCAGCUAAGCAGAACUAUAAAGUCUUGCACAAGUAUAUAGCUCUGUAUGCAAGCCACCUCAUCCGGGAGGGCAGUGGGGACAAAGCCUUGAGCUUGUAUGUCCACCAUGGAGCACCUGCCAACCCACAGAAUUUCAACAUUUACAAGCGUCUCUUUCUGGAGAUGGUGAAUGCAUCUGGCAUGAAUUGUGCUGAGGCCUACUCCAGCUGGGCUGACCUGCGUGAUGUUCUCUUCAGCCUGUGUGAAAACAUAGUCAAGUCAAGUGAAGCAAACACUCCAGCACAUGAAGAGUUUGAAACGAUGCUGCUGAUCUCUCACUACUACGCCACCCGCUCCGCUGCUCAGGGAGUGAAGCAACUGGAUACGGUGGCUGCCAAGCUGUCCAUUUCCCUGCUGCGCCACACUGAGCUGCUCCCUGCAGACAAGGCGUUCUAUGAAGCUGGAAUAGCUGCCAAGGCAGUCAACUGGGAGAACAUGGCGUUCAUCUUCCUGAAUCACUUCCUGGACCUCUCAGAUGCCAUUGAAGAUGGGAACCUGGAUUCUCUGGACCACUCUGACUUCCGAAACACAGACAUUCCCUUCGAAGUGCCACUUCCAGCACAACAGCAUGUGCCUGACGAGAAGCGGGAGGAGGUCAGGGACUGGGUGCUCACCAUGUCCAUGGACCAGCGGCUGGAGCAGGUACUGCCACAGGAUGAGCGGGACACCUAUGAAGCCUCUUUAGUGGCAGCAAACACAGGGGUACGCUCCCUGCCCUGUGUGCUUACAGGGUACCCUGUGCUAAGAAACAAGAUAGACUUCAAGCGGCCAGGCCGAGAAGCCAACAAGGACACGUGGAACAAGUUCCUGAUGGCUGUCAAGACAUCCCACAGCCCUGCGUGCCAAGAUGUGCUCAAGUUCCUCAGCCAGUGGUGUGGGGGACUCCCAAGCACCAGCUUCUCUUUCCAAUGAACUGGACCUUGGUGGCUUUCAGUCCUGUUUUUCAACACCCUCCACUUCCACCCUCAAUAAAUAUGUCUCUUAACAC